CCGCCUCCGCGCGCUCCCGCCAACAGAGGCCGCGCGACCUCCGCUGGGGCGCGCACAUUGGCCGCGGCACCAACCGUUCCAGAGGACUCGCCGGGGGGAGGAGCGCGGCCCUGGGGCGCUGGCACCGGCACUGGCACUGGACGGUGAGGGGAGGAGUGAGUGGUGUCCGCAUCCGACGGUAAGGGGGAGGGAGAACCGGAGGGUAAGAUGCCAGAUGAUGGAAGGCAGCAAAUGUGAUACCUUUAUUCAAGAAGGGCAGCAGGGAUAAGACAGUGUCCUUGGUUCCAGAGCCUUUCAAGAUUAUCCGUAUUGCUGGACCAAUUGUGGUCACGGCCUCUGGGAGAAGUCCAAUGGUACCAGAAUACCCUAGGUCCCCGAGGGGGGCAAGAUACCAGCCUUCAACAUCAGCCUCAGAAGUCAGCUAUGGGAAUGGGCCAGAGUUCCAGAGCCUGGACCGCAGUGGCAAGUUCCAGCUGCAGCUGGCCAUAAAGGCGCAUCACAGCCAUCCCCUUCAUCCAGAUUGUCCAGUGAACCAUCUGCGCCUGGCCACCUCCCACAGCUGACUUUUGAGGGCGCGGAAGCAACGAUGAAUAGAGACUUAAAAUACUGGAAGGAGUCAGCGACUGUGAUCCUGGCUGCAGGUAUCCGAAAUCACAAAUUGAGCGAAAAUGGUAUCAAUACACAAAUCUCUCAGCAACCACAGGAGCGGAACCUAACUCUGUCAAGCGUGGCAAAGUCAGUAUGUGAUUUUGCCUUGCUUUUGUUACAACGGAAUCAGAGAAGCACAUUUUUCCCCAAUGCUUACGUGUUUCCAGGAGGUCGAAUCAGCACAGCUGAUUUUUCCAACGAGUGGAUCCAGUUGUUCCAUCCUUAUUGCCAGUCGCCCAACUUGAAAUUGGAUACAGUCAAGCAAACUGAUCGGAGGUCUUCAAUCUUUGCAACGCACAGGGGAAAACUUGGAUCUCAAAUAGCUGGAGAGGUAGCUUUCCGUAUAUGCGCCAUUAGGGAGACUUUUGAAGAAUCUGGGAUACUCCUUGUUAAGCCGAAUAGCCCUGACAAAGACUUGAACAAGCAAGGGGUCAUACAGCUUGCACAUUACGAUCAAAACAAACUUGCAAGUUGGAGGCCACUUGUGCAGGAAAAUGCAGCAAAUUUUAUAAGACUGUGCAAAGAGUUGGACUGUUUACCAAAUAUUUGGGCAUUGAAGGAGUGGAGUAAUUGGUUGACUCCCACAAAUCAGGGGAGUAAAAGGUUUGAUACUGCCUUCUUCAUCUGUUGUUUGGAAGAAAUCCCUUUCACAGUACCUGAUGGUCAUGAAAUAAUCUUUCACAGUUGGAUGCGCCCUCUUGAGGUGAUCAAGGGUCACCAAUCCGAGCAACUCUUUCUUCCUCCCCCACAAUGGUAUGAAAUAGGCAGACUUUGCCGAUUUAUCCACCUCCAAGAUUUGCAACAAUUUAGCCAAGAUCGUUCUGUAGAAGGUUGCGAGCGAUGGUUUCCCAUCCGUCUACUUGCAUCUGAUGGUUUUGCCACCCUGUUACCUGGGGAUGAUCUUUAUCCAGAAGAUCCAGAUUUAACAGGGGAAACAGAAUUAAACCUCACUACCUCCAAAUCUCUGAAUCAAGCACGGCUGGAAGUUAGCAGACUGCACCGAAUAGAAUUCAGAAAACCUCAUGACGGUGCUCUGUAUGUGAAUAUUGAACCCCAAUAUAAACAUGUCCACUCAUUAAUGAUGAACAGUCAUCAUGAUAGUCAUCUCUGAAUUAUCUGACCAGGAAGCAAAAAAAAAACUCUGAAGUAAAAUAUCAUUGCAUUGUUCAAAACAAUCUGUUUAAUUUUAAUUACAUUUUCCCCAAUACAAAGAAAGCAAUAUCAGAGCAAAAACACAUUAAGAAAGCCACGGUCAAAUGAUUACAACUUAAAACCACUAAAUCUUUCUGAAUAUUCUAGCAGGUCCAAGAGAACAUAUGGAGGAGAGAAAUGUUCUCAGAAUAGUAAAAAGCUGGGGGGAAAAAUCCAAAUGGGAAUAAUCAGCAUGCACGAAGAGCAACACAAAAUCAUGAUAAUCUUAAGUAGACACAAAAAGCUGGUGUAACUCAGCAGGUUAGACAGCAUCUCUGGAGGUGAUGUUUUGGGUUGAGACCCUUAUAUCUUACCUCUUAUCUUCUAAAUCUUAUCUCUAAACAAUUAAUUUGUGAAUGUCCAAAAUUUACCACGCUUACUCACGAGGAGCCACCACCCAUUGUAUAAAUCAGUUUCCCCAGAUAGACGCAAAAAGUUGGAGUAACGCUGUCCCACUGAGUUACUCCAGCUUUUUGUGUCGCUAUCUUUGGUUUCAACCAGCAUCUGCAGUUCCUUCCUGCACAUUCAGUUUCCCAAGGUCUUUAUCCUGUUACAUAUAUUCCAUUUCCAACUUUUCUUAAUUCUGAUGAGGUCAUAAAUCUGAAAAAAGUAAUUCUUUAUUUCUCCACAGAUACUGCCUGUCAUUCUCAUUGCUGCAUUGUAGAAUCAUACAGCAUGGAAAUAAGUCCUUUAGCCCACUCAUCAAUGCCCAGUCCAUUCAUGCCCAGCAAGAUGCCCAUGUACAAUAGCCAUAUUUGUAUAUGUUUUGACUCUUAUCCAUCUAAAUCUUUUCAAUCCAUUCCUUCUGCUCAUAAUACAUGUAUCAACAGGCAAUGAUAUUUCAAAUAUGUGGUGUAAUAUUAAUAUCAGGGUUCUGGGAAAAUCACCGAAGCAAAUUGCAGCAUCAAAUGACAAUUAAAAAUGAUUAAUCAA